GUUGGAUUGAGCGAGAGAAAAGAUUGGCUGCUAUCUACCAGUCCAAUUGCCCAUGGACAUAAGGGCUGGCAAGUGUAAGCCACGCGUGGUAGCGUAGUAGGGUUACCGGAUGUUUUACACUUCGGUGAGGCCCUCGAGCUUCUUCUUCACUCUCGUUUUCCUAGUUUGCUCAUACAAUAUAUUUCUUUACUUUGAAGCAUCCUUCUUUCGGUCGCGAUUUCGUCUAUUUCUUUGUCUCGACAGUCGUCAAACUUUCCAAUCCUCACAAUGGCUCCAAGAAAGGUCCUUGCAGACACACAGCUGCGGGACGAGACUGUGGACCACUUUUCCAUAAAAUACAAGGCUAUAGUCUUGACCCUUCGAUCUCUUGCAGUUGCUCUUUCAUUUGGCACGCUAUCGCUAUACAUUGUAGCACUGUGCUUGUAUCUGGUGCGAACGCAUGGCGAUAUUGACGUCGAGGCAACCUUCAAGUACUUGUCCAUUACUGGUUCGUCAUUUUCGGCAGCAUGGCAUCUCUUCGCCAUGUGCCUUCUUGGCUCUGGAGCGCUCAACCGGAUCCCCCGAUGGUUCUACCUUGGUCUCGAGAUUGGGUCAGGUGUUUUGAUGGGAAUCCUGGGCUAUCUGAGCUAUGCACAAGAUAGAAUCGGGAGACCUCCUCAAUUCACACCUGAGUAUCAAGAAGAGGCCAUAAAGAGUGGUGCCGUAGGUGUUCUGACAGCCGCAUGCGCCGCGCACCUCGGGUUCUUCAUCUUUGGGCUGUGUAGUAAAGCGAGACCGGUCGAUAGCGACACCGAAAGGAAUCGGUCCUGCGACGCAUGCACGUCGCUACAUAAGAUACCCUCGACCACCACGACAACGGAACCUAGACCAGUCAGUCCAGCGCAUGUCUCAGCCGAACCACGCACGGAGAAUGAGCCCACGACGACCACAGUUCCAACAAGCACUCGACCAAUUACCAUCCCCGAUGAAGAUGCACCUGCAUACACGCCCGGCGACUAUCAGCACGGCUUCGAGCUGCGGACUCUCAAUCGCCAACACACCCCUCGCACGACUGCAGCAUCAUCUUCCACAGCCACAGACGCGCCCAUCUUACUUCCUGCUCACCACACCUCACCCUUCGACCACUCACUCGCCACUCAAUCAGGCAUGUUGCGUCCAACACCAAGCAUGGCCCCUGUCGCACCACAGCUCGCCUCUGCGUCCACAACAGAAAAAGCGCAACGGCCACAGUCGCGACUAUUUGGUUCCGAGAGAAGUGAUCUGGAUUUCGCGAAUGUGAGCCCAAGCUUGCCAUCGAGCCCUACAGUGGAGCACUAUUCGGAUAUGCAGAGAUCGUCUGAUGUGCCGUCAAGCAGCGGGAGUGUGAGUGCUGAGCCAGGGCAGGAGACGAGACAGAGGUCAAUCGAGAAAAAUCCAGACGGGCCUUCUUGAAAGUGAUUCUUGUAAUGAACACGAGAGUCGAACAAGCUAUCAGAUGCCUCGAUGAGGCUGUAACCCCAAUAUCAAAGGGACGGUAGGCCGCGAAGAGAGCCAGAGAAUCAUCGACGCCAAUCUUGGACAGGAUCCUUCGCGGGGAGGUAAGGCGCGCAAGCACAUACACUUUGCUUGCCGCCAAAUUUGGACAUCCAUUUGAGACUUACAUUCCAUGUUCUACGCAAGACGCGAGAUAUGAGACUCUCAGCAUGAUUUUGAUGCUAUAUGUACUCACAUUGCUGUACGAAGCCUUGCCCUAAAGGUUUCGGAUUAAGAUCGGAGUUAAGGCAUAACAAUAUACCCAUUCAUAGGACCUGCAAUUUCAUCAC